GAAUUCUGUGCAAGUUGUGUCAAGUUUAAAACGGUUGAAAUGAAUUAGAUGGAGGUAGAACAAAUGGAAGCCAAUUAAGAAAAAAAUAUUUAAAGCGGCAGAUAUUCAUUCAUACGUAAAAAAACGCAUUUGACAUCACAAUAUCUCAUAAUUCAAAAUACUAGCAUGUCAGCGGCAAGUGACAUCAUGACCGUUAUCGAUCCCGAGUCCAAUAUCGUCUUAGAAACUACUAAAUCAUCCAAUUCUCCCAAGGGUAAAAAAACAUUAUGGCAAGCUUUUAAUGAAACAUUUUUGGAGUAUUCCGGUAAUACGGCCCUGCAUGGUGUACCAUACUUCAGUCAGCAACGUCCUCUGAGGGAGAAUAUUUUUUGGUUUUGCGUCCUAUUGCUGUCGAUAUUCUAUUGUGCCACAUCCGUGCUGCAAACCUUUGGCAAAUGGAAAGAGAGGCCUGUCAUUGUGAGUUUUAGCGAAACCGCUGUAGACAUAUCGAAUAUACCCUUUCCAGCUGUAACGAUAUGUUCGGAAACCAAGCGGCCAUUGCUCAAAGGACCCUCUUUCGGUGAGCUAUAUACGAAACUAAGGGAUAUGGGGGCAUUUUCGGAAAACUCAAACAUAACCUCAACGGAAUUAAAGGAUUUCUUAGCCCUGGCACAGGUGUGUGAAUUGGAAUAUCUGAACUCCAACGGCGAUGAUGGUAGUGUCGACAUCGAUGUAACUGACAUGGGAAAGUUGCAAAUUGAUUACAUUGCCAGGCUUAGUAAAAUGGCGCCCAAAUUAAGUACAAUUAACGGAGGUCAUUUUUGGGGAUCAAAUGAAUUGAAUAUCUCACAACUUUAUGCAAAAACCUUUACCGAAGAAGGUGUAUGCUAUACAUUCAAUGGACUGAAUGGCACCGAUAUUUAUCGUGAAAAUACUGUCCAAUAUCAGGUCAUGGGUCUACAGAGUUUCAUUGAAGUGAGUGAAGAAAUAAAUCGUACCCUUUCCUGGUCUUUGGAAAAAGGCUAUGCCAUCGAUAGUCCACUCAAUACUUACCCGGCCAGAGUGACAAGUUGUGGCAAUAGUGUGGGACUGACAGCUGUGCUGUUGGAUCUAAAGGAGAAUAACGAUUACACCUGUCGCGGCCCAACCCAGGGAUAUAAAUUGAUACUACACUCUCCGAAUACCGUGCCAUCGGUUGCCAAACGUUACGUACGCAUAGACAUGGCCAAAGAAGUGUCCAUAGCUGUUAAACCCAAAUACAUGCAAACUUCCGGUGAUAUUGCGGUCUUUGCUCCGGAAAAACGUCAAUGCUAUUUCGAACACGAGAGACCUUUGAGAUUCUUUAAAACCUAUAAUUCGGAUAAUUGUGAAUUGGAAUGCCUGACCAAUUACACGUUAAACAAAUGUAAUUGUGUGCGCUUCUCAAUGCCCCGUACAACUGAUAUGCCUGUGUGUAAUUUGGAUGCAAUGGAUUGUUAUACUUCGGCGGAAGAGGACAUGUUAUUAAAGAAAUUCAAUGGCCAUCGUGGAAAUGGUGAUGGUGAUGAUGUUGUGGAUCAAUGUAAUUGUUUGCCUUCGUGUACUUCGCUUGACUAUGACAUGCAAAUCUCCAAAGGUCGUUUAGAUGUAAAGACCACAUUUAUGAACAUGCUCAAAUUGGAUAAGUGGUCGGAUGAUUUGCCCGAUAUUGAAUUAUCCUUGUUGACGAUAUAUUUUAAAAACAAUCAAUUUAUAGCUACAAAACGUUCGAAACUUUUCAGUUUUUAUGACUUGCUCUCAAAUUGUGGUGGCAUUGGCGGACUUUUUAUUGGAUUCUCAUUGUUGAGCAUUGCUGAAGUGCUGUUUCAUUUCACCAUGCGGCUGUGGGCCAAUUGGAAAACGAAGAAAGAAUGAAUGGUUACUUUUUUUAAUUUUAGAAA